GGAGUUGUAGUGUUUUGUCGCCCAGGCGGAGAUUCAACGGGACUCCUCUACUUGGAAGAAAACUUUCCUGAGACUUUCAUCUGAAAGAAAACGGAGCAGGAUCAAGGCAGGUAGGGGACCUGGACGUGCAUCCACCCCCAGGAAGGAUGCACUGAACUGAGAAACAUCUGCUGAAUUGUCCCCCCUCAACACAGCUAUGGCCUCAGCGACGUCUAGCACAGGACCCGUGUCUCUGGGCUCACAGGUUCAUGCUGCAGCUGUCAAUGGAGAUAGGAGCACCCUGCUCAAACUCAUCACAGCAGAUCCCUCGCUGCGUGAUCGUGAGGACCAGUUUGGCCGGACCCCUUUGAUGUACUGUGUGCUGGCUGACCGCCUGGAUUGUGCAGAGAUUCUGUUAAAGGCUGGAGCCUCCGUCAACAAAACGGACCAAAGCCAACGCACUGCUCUGCACCUUGCCGCACAGAAAGGCAAUGUGCGUUUCCUGAAGCUGCUGCUGUCCAGACGUGCUAACUGGCUGCAGAAAGAUUUAGAAGAGAUGACCCCGCUCCACCUGGCCACCCGACACCCCUCCCCAAAAGCCCUCGCCCUGCUUCUCAAACACAUCGGACCUGGAGAGGUUGACACACAAGACAAGAACAAGCAAACUGCUCUCCACUGGUCAGCGUUUUAUAACCGACCAGAACACGUUCGCCUCCUGAUCAAGCACGAUUCCAACAUCGGCAUCCCAGACAGCGAGGGCAAGAUCCCUCUACACUGGGCAGCACACAGUCAGGAGCCCAGCGCUACACAAACUGUCCGCUGUAUACUGGAAGCAGCUCCCACUGAGUCCCUAUUGAACUGGCAGGACUAUGAGGGGCGGACGCCCCUGCACUUUGCCGUUGCUGACGGUAACGAGGCAGUGGUGGAGGUGCUGACGUCUUACGAGGGCUGUAACGUGACAGCUUAUGAUAACCUCUUCAGAACGCCGCUGCACUGGGCAGCUCUGCUCGGUCAUGCCAGAAUCGUCCACCUGCUGUUGGAGAGAAACACAUCAGGCACUAUUCCCUCAGACAGCCAGGGAGCAACACCUCUACACUACGGCGCUCAGAGCAACAAUGCUGAGACAGUGGGUGUGUUUUUGUCCCACCCAUCUGUGAAGGAUGAACCUGAUCUGGAGGGGAGGACAGCCUUCAUGUGGGCUGCUGGGAAGGGCAGCGACGACGUCAUCCGCACCAUGCUGGCCCUCACCCCUCAUAUUGACAUCAACAUGGCAGACAAAUACGGAGGCACCGCACUCCAUGCGGCCUCCCUGUCAGGCCACGUGAACACAGUGAAGCUGCUGUUGGAGAGGGGAGCGAUGGUCGACUCUCUGGAUGUGAUGAAACACACGCCGCUGUUUCGCGCUUGCGAGAUGGGACACAGAGACGUCAUACUUACGCUCAUCAAAGGUUCUGCACGUGUGGACCUGGUAGACGUGGACGGUCACACCGCUCUUCACUGGGCAGCUCUGGGAGGAAAUGCAGAGGUCUGCCAGAUAUUGAUGGAGAAUGGGAUCAGUCCCAAUGUACAGGACCAGGCCGGACGGACUCCUCUGCAGUGUGCUGCGUACGGCGGCUACAUCACAUGCAUGGCUGUUCUCAUGGAGAACAAUGCUGAUCCAAACAUACAGGACAAGGAGGGGCGGACUGCUCUCCACUGGUCGUGUAACAAUGGUUACCUGGAUGCUGUGAAACUGCUACUGGGCUACAAUGCUUUCCCUAAUCACAUGGAGCACACUGAGGAGAGGUACACCCCUCUUGACUACGCUCUGCUGGGGGGGCACAGCGAGGUGACUCAGUUCAUGCUGGAGCAUGGCGCUCUGUCCAUAGCAGCCAUCCAGGACAUCGCUGCUGCCUCCAUCCAGGCUGUCUACAAGGGCUACACCGUCCGCAAGGCCUUUAGGGAAAGGAAGCAACUCCUCAUGAGGCAUGAGCAGCUGCGCAAGGAUGCAGCCAAAAAACGAGAGGAAGAACAGCGAAGGAGAGAAGCUGUGCAGCAAAUCUCUUUGGCUGCUGCGGAGAAACGGAGGGUCCCUCUGGUGAGAACAGACCCAGAGAAGAUCUCCUUAGUCCCUAAAUCAUCCAAAGCUGAACGCACUAAAAGCAAAGAGGAGAGACACAAAGUCCACAAGAGCAGAUCCUCCAGAAGAAGUAAAGCAGCUGAACCACAUGAGCUUCCCGAUGCUUCGAGUUGUCACUGUCAUGUGACCGGGGACACUGUGUCUGGUGUUCCUCAGACCACCAGGCUGAAGGAACUUCUCUCUCCUGCCAGUUGCAGCCAGCCACCCAGCCUCAAACCCAGACCCCCCUGCACGCCCAAAGUCAGGGAUCAACCUUCCUCAAACACAUGCACUCCUUCGACAAAUGUUCCUGUGAUGGACCAAACUGACACUAUUACCAGAGAAUGCACCCCUCAAAAAAAGAGGGACACUCACAUGACUAGUGCCCCAAGCAAGUCUGAUGCCCACACCUCUUCACAAAAGCACAGAAACCACACGGAGCAGAUUACAGAAAAGGCUGCCACCAAAGACCAAACUCACACUCCAUCAUUAAGAAGCAGUUCAUCUUCAGACCACAGGAGCCCUUCGAGAAAGACUCAUUCUACCGCACACGCAUCCAUCACAACACGCACACAUGGGGAACUCAACAAAGAGCAGUGUUGGACAAGGACCGAGGCUGCACGCAUCAUCCAGCGAGCUUGGCGAAGGUUCCACGCACGCAGGCGGAGAGAGGUGAAGGCCCGCGAAGAGGUGGAGUCAAGCGAUUCACACCACGCCCAGAACAGGAAGAAGACAGAAGUCCGAACACAAGCCAAUAAACCGUCAGCGAGUAAGAGCUCAGUGCUACAAAGUAUCUAUGGGAACUCUGUGGCCAGACGAGGGCGUUCACUUCGUGGAUCUCAGUCUCAGCUGCUCCUGGACAUGCCGCUACGCACCCAGAGUCAGUUGAGUGGUAUAGACUACGUGCACCUGACUGAUGCUGUGAAUCAAGCCAAGCAGUACUCUUACCAUCUGAGACCACAUAGUGCUGGACAAGGGACCAGAGGCCGGGGAAAACAUUGAAACCACACGCACACACACUUCAUGUUCUUUGAUGUUUUCUCAGCUGGCUGGCCACCUUACCUCUAUAGAAUUACUACACACACAUUGUUCGCUUGAAUGUGCCAAGCUUUCUAAAAUUAAGCCAUAUGACAUCAGAGCCAUGACCUCACAGGGUGGGGUUAAGUCUACAAAAAUGGUGUGUGUAAAAGAUAACCUUUCAUCCAUUGUGGAAGAAACACAUACACACACCAUCUCCCUCGUUCUCGCACACACACUGAGAUAACCUUUCCUCCUGUUGUGGAGAAUGAGGCAGUCUAUCAACAGCCGGUCAUAGAGAUAGCCCACCUGCAGCCACGGACGCGCGCACACACACACACACACACACACAUACACAGUUAUACAUCCAGCUCCACGUCUGGUCUCUAAGUGCUUUCCCUCUCAAGAUCUAUUUCUUAACUAUGCAGUUUACUUUAAUAUGUAUUUGCACAAAAAUAAUCCACAUUGUAGAAUUUUAGAUACAUACCUCAUUGUUUGUUGGUUUUUAUUGUAUUAUAAAAAUAAAAAAACAAAUGUUAAAAUAAUAAAAAUUGACACAAUAUGCAACUCUCUUGGAUUUAACUUUAUUUUGCCUUUUUUUUGUUUUGUUUUUAAUGAAAAGUUGGCAGGUGCCCCGAGUAAGCACUGAACAACAAUACUCCAACAAACAAUUACCAGGCUAAGAAUGAAGCAAUAAACGACGCAGAGAAAAAACUGGAGCUCUUAAAACAAGAAUGUGGAGUAUUCAUUGUCACAAUAAAAAACACUUCUCCUCCUCUGUA